AUUAAACAAAAAUAUUACAAAAGUAGGUAGUUACUCACAUUUGACAUUUUGCCUCCACCAAAUAUAUUUCCGAAUUCUUAUUAUUACCAGCCAGAUCAUUUAUAUUAUAAUACAUCACAUCAAGUUAAUUUUUCGUAAUUUUUAUUUAACUUAUGAUUGCAAAACUUUGUCUAAAGUGGUUUUUCUAUAACAUUAGAAGUCAUAAUAAUUAAAUUUCACACGCUUAAAAAAAUAUCUGAAAAUCCUACUUCACAAACAUCGUCUACAUUAGAGUCUUAAAAUGUCUUACAAUUUGGGCUUUAUCGGAGGAGGCAAUAUGUCUACAGCAAUUUUUCAAGGGAUAUUAAAAAAUGGUGACCAUCCUGCAUCGAAGAUUUGGGUGUCAGGACCUCAUUUGGAAAAUCUAUUGCACUGGAAAGAACUGGGUGCAAGCAUAACAAAUAAGAAUGGAGACAUUUACAGUACCUGUGACAUGAUAUUUCUUGGAGUCAAACCACAAUUUUUAUCCAAAGCUAUAAGUGACUGUUACAAUACAUUACCUCUGAAUAUGCCUGCUAAGAAAGUAUUAUUUGUUUCAAUAUUAGCUGGCACUAAUAUAGAACAAAUACACAAGGCUCUGAGUAUUCUACCUGGUGAAAAACAAGUGGUCAGAACAUUGCCAAACACUCCUAUGGCAGUUGGUGCUGGUGCCUGCUUAUACACGCCAGAUAAUACAGUCACUGAAGACCAGUGCAGAAAGGUUGAAAUGCUUCUCUCAGGAUGCGGUGUUUGUGAAAGAGUAGAUGAACAUCUAAUGGGAUCUUUAGGCUCUCUUAUCGGAUGUGGCCCUGCUUUUAUGUAUAUUGCAAUUGAAGCCUUAGCUGAUGGUACAGUGAAACAAGGUGCACCCAGGGCAUUAGCAAUGAGACUUGCUGCCCAAAUGGUCAUGGGUAGUGGUAAAAUGGUACUAGGGAAUACAAAACAUCCUGGGCUCUUGAAGGAUGAAGUCUGUUCACCUGGUGGAUCAACCAUCUGUGGUGUCACUGCAUUGGAACAGGGCAAAUUUCGGGCAACAUUAAUCAAUGCAAUCGAAGCGGCAGUGUUACGAACUAAGGAAAUGGAAAAUAAGUAAAAACAUUGGUAAGAAAUGAGUGUAGAAUUAAAGUAAAGUAAAGUUAUCUUUUGUAAAAAACAAGAUAAUUAGCACGCUGCACAUUGUACAUAGUAGACAUUUUGAUAUAUUUUUGAUCUGGAAAUAAUUAAUGAGAAACAUGUAUAAUAUAUUAAUUUUUCAAUACUAUUUGUUUCUUGCUUCAAGUGUUUCUCUUUUGUUUUUUAGAUAGCUAUAUAUAUAUCUUCUGAUUGCAAUUAAACUCAUGGGCGGAGUGGAUUUGACAAUGGUUUCAAUUAUUUACAAUUAUCUAGUUAUGUUUUGUUUGUUUUAUUAAGUUUGACAUUUGUGUAUUUCUGACGUGUUUACAGGUCUGACGGGUACUGGUAACUAAAAGCAAUUUUUUUUAGGUUAUCUCAAAACUUAUAAUCUAAUAACAUUAAAAAUCUAAUCAUUAGAUUGAUACAUAUAAUAAUCAAUGUAUGCAUUGAGUGCAUAAAAUACUUUUUAUGUAUCGCAAUAACUUAAAAAAUACGAGACAAUUUUUAGUAUUAUUUUACACCGAAAUCCAAGCUAAAAUCGUUAUGUUUAUUGCAGAACGUUUUUAAUAAUUAUACUUAUUAACAUUUAAAACAAAAAAAAAAUUGUGACGGUGGAAAUAAAUUUGAAUUUCUUUCGCGUUCUAGAAUACGUAACAGUUAAAUGUCUCUAUCUCUAACAAGAAUCUAUCGUUUUUUAGUUUUAAUUUUUUUUAACCAAAGAAUUUACCUGAUUUUAUCAUAUCAAGGCUAUAGAUAAAUAAAGUCAGCUAAAAGCGCUAGAUUUCGUAGUUUUUUCACGCAUGACCUCUUUUAUGGCACCACUUAAUUAAUAUGUACUCAAAUAAACUGCUAAUCUAGCAGCUGAACAUUUUUGAGCGCUGACGAACCUAAAUUAUCGCUGGAAUGAAAUCGAGUAAUUUCUUUGGUUUAGCUACUGAAAGUAUUACAAAUUUCAAAAUAAACUUCUGUUGUUUACACAGCGAAACUUCGUCAGUAACCACGAUUGGUAAAAUAUUGUAAUUAUUUAUUGAAUCUCGAAUUUUUUUCUAUGAUCUGUUUAUAAAAAUACCUAAAUAUUUAAAAGCCCAAUCUAAUUGAGCAUAAAAUCUUAUUAUUUAAGAAUAACAGUAUUAAGUACAUUAAUAAUUACAGUAUUUAAGUGGAAAGAUAAACGAUACAAUACUCAAUUGUUGUAAUAUUUUACCUCAUUUCUGUUUUGCUGUAUUUGUAAAUGAACAAUAAUAAACUAUGGAACUCAACCUCUUUUAUUAUACUAUAAAAGAAACUUCUAAUGUGACUUACAACAAGGUUGCGUUAAACAUUUAACGUUCCUUGGGGCUUAGAUGCCUUGACAGUUGUGUUUUUAGAAAAUCGAAAACUAAAUUUGUAUGAAUAUGAUAUUAUGUCGAUAUAAUUUGUUUAUUCACCUUGGAGAGAGGGAAUAGAAAGAGACAGUGAGAGUGAAUACGUGGCACUCGAACGCAUGCGCGCAGCGCGUAUUAUAAGUUACAGGCCAACGAGUAGCGUCCAAUAUUCUAACGCAAGAGGGAAACGGAAAGAUAGACAAAGGUAGAAAGAGAGUGAGUCGGUAGAUCCCAGGCAAGUGGUGUUCUUGCUAGGCAGCGAAGUUAACAGUGUGACCGUCGUGUAAUUAGCUGAAAUACGUAAUAUUCAUUAUUUCAUUUAUAAAAAUGCGAUCAAUUGUGAAUUGUAAGCUAUAUUCAUAAAGAAACAAAAACUAAAAACCGAUUUCUGCCCCUACCUAUUCUCAUUUCCACAUUCAAAGUUUCACUUCUUCCCCGCGGCGGGACUCCACGCACUAUUUUUUAUACAUUUAAUUGCUGUUAUAAUUGGUAAUUUUUAACGAAUUAUUUUUAUUAAAUAUUGAAAAAAACGUGUUUUUCAAAAGGUUUUAUUUGAUUAAAGCAUACAUAAAAAAAAUACAAACACAAUCUUUACCCAAAAUGCUCAGCAAUGCAUUUUCUAAACGCGACUUUUCGAUGCUAUACUUUCAUAUUAAUUGUCAUAUACAAUUUAAUAGAUCAAAGAUUUCAUAGUCU